AUGACUUACAAUUACCAGAAGUCCAUUACUAGUCUAGUAAUGGACAUCUGUUAUGACUUAUUUUUGGAUGGAAAACAAAGUAGUAGAAAGCUGGCAACAGAUGUGUUACAAAUAACAUUUCUUGGGUACACGGGAUUCCGAUUUCCGAUUGCCCACUUCCAAACAGAUGGAGUAAAAGCCUCUGAGCUGUAUAUCAUAAUUUGGUAUUUGAUUUCUCAAUUACAGUCGUUGGGGUUCAUAGUAGACUUUAUAAUGCAAGAUGGGGGACGACAAAACAGAGAGUUUACGAAGCUUCACUUUACCGAUACAGCUGAUAAGAUGCGCAAUCAUCUUGCUGAAAAAGUUCUCAACGAGGACAUGCUUCAGCUUAUGAAGUCAUAUCAGAACUCAUUAAUCAAUGGUGAUGUUUUAAACAGUGCCAUUGACUUACUUCAACAGACCAGCAAACUUAUAACGGCAUUAAGACAUCCUCAAAAUAUUUUCUGCCAACAAUGGGGAUUGUACAAUGGUAAUUCCACGAAUCCGAAUUAUCAUGUAUAUUGCAACACAAUGAACAGCGUAAUAUUAGGUCAGACCACUAAGUCAAGAGCCCGAAAAUCUAACGCAGGGUUACCUACUAAUGAUCCGUAUUCUUUUCAUGUUAAUGUACCUCUAUCAAAGAAAAAGAAAGUUCUAUGCCGAAUUUAG